AUGAAGAUGCACUCAAUGAGUGCAGAAGAAGAAGAAGAGGACGAAGAGAACGCGUGCCGGUUUAGGAUGAUGAAUCUUCUUUCGUCUACGACAGAUGAGACUGCGGUCAUCAUAAACAGUUCCGCCUUUGAAGGAGAGGUGUUCCCAGAGGUCGACGCAGCGGCCUGCCCGGACCUGUACCGGCGCUACAGCCGGAGACACACGCAGUGCGUGCGGCCUCCGAAGUCGUGCCACCCUCUGCGCGAAGGCGUCUCUGAGGCUGACCGGCAGCUCAUCCUGGACGAGCACAACGCCUUCCGCAACCGCCUCGCCUCGGGAGCCGAGGCCGCCAGCGGGUUACCUGCCGCCGCGAACAUGAUGUAUCUGGAGUGGAAUGACGAGUUGGCGGCCGUGGCACAGAAGUUGGCCAGCAUGUGCGCCAUCAAGCCGGACUGUGCGGACUGCAGACGCGUCGAGAGUUUCAUGGUGGGCCAAAAUAUCUGCAACUACAAGAUUCGCACCCAGACGGCCCCGCCGGUUUACUGGCGAUCGACCAUCGCCUACUGGUACAACGGCGUCAAGCAGUUUCCUCCGGCCGCCAUCUCGCCCUACGUCUACCGCCAGUACUACGGCACAUUCAGCCAGAUGGUGUGGGCCAAGACGUGGGCCAUCGGCUGCGGCUAUUCGCUGUUCACAAGGGGACGCUGGUUCGUGCAGUCUUACGUGUGUAACUACGGCCCAGCCGGCAACUACUUGGACAGCCGCGUGUACCUUCCGGGAGAGCCAUGCUCGCGAUGCGAACCCGGAACCAGGUGCGUGGGCAACAGCAGCGGCCACUUCUUGUUCGGAGGGCGCAACGAGUCGGCAUCAUUCAGCUCUUUGUGCAAGUCAGAGACAUCAGCUGGUCCCAAAGUGGCGCUACCGACGGGCACCAUUUUCUACUGCAACUUCCACGAGCCUAGCCUCGACUGUCCCAUCAAGGAAGAGCCCUACGGGAGUUUUCAAGUGCGUCGCCUAAUAGGUGGUGGUGGCUACUUGACCACGACCGUGAGUCCUAACGAAUCAGCGGCUGUGAGUCUGGACCGAGUUCUGGAAGUGCCGGAAAACGACACGGAGGCCUCGGCGUGUCUACGCUUCCGGUUCCGCAAGGGUCCCUUCCGCGAAGGCGCGGGCGGCUCUUCCGAGCUGCACGUGCGACUCUCGGUGAUCGACCGGAACGUGAUCAAGAGCAGCGCGCUGACCCACCACUACUCGCACUGGACGCCGUACAGCAUAACCAUCACCCGUCCCAUCCGCGUGCAGGACCGGAGCCAGCCAAAGCCUUGGGGAGAUGUUGAGGAACGUAGCCGGCACUGCUAA